ACCUCUGCGAGGCGCUGCCAGCCCCCUCGCGCCCAUUACGCUCCCGCGCACACCCACCCCAGCGCUCACUCGCUCCCAGCCCCCGGGAGCGCCUAUCUGCUUCGGUCAAUGGCUGUGUGUGUCUCCGGCGCUGGCGAGUGCCUGCCCGCCUUGCCCCGAUGCUCGAUAAGCUGCCUCGCCUUACUGGGCAUGCCCGCUCCGUUUCUAUAUAAAACCCGCCGGAGUUAAUCCCUGGACAUUCCCCGGCUCCUUCCACCCCGCCCCUCGCCAUCGGACUGCGCUGGAUCGCGCCGCUUGCCCGGCCUCAGCAUCGCCCGAAGAGCUGCACGAGAGCUGCGGUUGCCGCUGCGCUGCAACAAGCAUCUUCACCCGGAAUGAUGCUGUCUCUGGACCAGAUCCACACUGAGCCACCUCCAACUCCCAAGGAACUGGAUUGGGCAGAACAGGGGUUUCUACCACCCCUGAGCCCCUUGCGCUGUGCCUGGCGCCGGGAUGUGCCUCUGGACUGCAAGAUCAGCCCUGAGGAUGCACAGGCCCGGGCCUGGACGGCUUACUACUAUGACCUGCUGCAGUGCACCUUGCAGCAGGAGGGGCUCCCAGAGACAAUUGACCACACCAAAGAGCCUCGAACAGGGUUUGGACCAUCAGACAUAACCAUCUGUGUCUUGGGCUCUCCCACUUCAUACUUGUCUGUGCUUCUGGAAGGUGGCAACCAGUGUCCUGGUAACAUGCUGCUGUGCCUGUCGCCAGCCUGGCUCUCAAAGGCACCAUCAGAAUCCCACCCGGGAGAGUCGUCCUUGCUGGUCUUCAAGGCCGUGACCUUUGAACUUGGCGGCCGCACAACCCUGGAAGAGUUUGCACCCCCGCGCCGUGUCACCUACUUCACUGGCUGCUUUGGGCCCUGCAAGGUGCAGGGCCAGUCGGCGGCAGAACUAGCCCGAGACCUCGAUUGCCCCACGGGGGGCUCAGGAGAGCUAGCUCGCCUGCUGGAGGACAAACUCCUGACUCGCCAGCUGAUGGACCAGCAGGCAUGUGUGGCUGUGCCCCCCACCCUGGCCUUCACUUUCAAGCGCCCGCUGCCUCUGCGAAGUGUGACAGAGGAGCAGCGUGUCCGCAUGGUGGAGCUGAGCGGCCGUGAGGGGCAAGACAACCUGCUGCAGGAGGAAAUAGCAGCCUUCCUGCAGAGUGGCGCCAUGGAGUCCUACGGCCAGGUGGUGGUAAAGCCAUCAGGCUGGCGCUGGAACGGAGCCCAAGCUGUGUCAUUCCAUGCUAAGUCAGAACAGGGAUGCGUCCUUCAAGCUGUUCUCACGCUGCUGGAGACCCUGGAAGAGGAAGAGAGCAUUUUGCUGGAGGCCUUCAUUCCCACUGCUCAUGUGGUCCGGCCUGGCCCUCCUGACACGAACGGCUCUCCAUACAAUUCAUCUCCAGGGCCCAAUCUAGCAGUCCGAAUAUGUGCUGUUGUCUGCAGAUCCCGAAAAGACCAGCCUCUACUGAGCAAGGUAGUGUGUGGUGUGGGCCGGGCAGAUAAGCCCCUGAAGCACCAGGCCACAGUGCCCCAGACUUUGGAGAGCAGCCUGCAUCAGUGGGGACUAAAGGAUGAGGCACAGAUUGCAGCCAUUCAUGCCCAGAUAAAGCAGAAGGCUGAAGCAGCCAUGAAGGCCUUCAUGGACAUGGAAGCUGGCCUGUCAGUUGAGCAACGAGGUGGUCGCCGAGCACAAACCGACAUCAUUGGUGUGGAUUUUCUCCUAAGCUCAGAGGAACAGGUGCUGCAGCUGGUGGCCCUGGAGAUGAACUCGCAGCUGUGCCUAGAGACCUGCUCCAUCUUCGAGUCCAUGGGCCGGGUGGUGGGGGCUCCAGCGGGCGAGGCAGCACGCCCCCUGGUGGAGACGAUGAUGCGUCGCGCGCAGUGCCACCUGAUGGAGGGCAAACACGUGUUGGUCAUUGGGGCCGGCGGAGUCAGCAAAAAGUUCGUCUGGGAGGCAGCCAGGGACUACGGGCUAAAAAUCCACCUGGUGGAGUCCGACCCCAACCACUUUGCCUCCCAGCUGGUGCAGACCUUCAUCCAUUAUGACACCACAGACCACAAGAGGGAUGAAGAGCAUGCCCAGAGGCUGCUGGGGCUUGUGCAGGAGCGGGGCUUGCACCUGGACGGCUGCCUCUCCUACUGGGACGACUGCAUGGUCCUGACGGCACUGGUGUGUGAAGGGCUGGGCCUGCGCUGCAGCUCCCCGACAGCCAUGCGCGUGGCCAAACAGAAGAGCCGCACUCACCUGCACUUGCUGCGCCGUCGCAAAGAGGGGGCUCGCUGGCCCUCGGCAGCGCUCUAUGCCGUGCCCUGCUGCCACCUAGAGAGCCACACGGAUGUGGAGCGGGCUGCAAGCCACAUCAGCUUCCCUGGGGUCAUGAAGCUAGAGUACGGGGCUGGGGCUGUGGGGGUCAAGCUGGUGGAGGAUGCACAGCAGUGCCACCUGCACUUUGACAAGAUCUCCAGGGACCUGCAGGAUGACUCAGACCACCCGGGCAUCGGGCUGGGCUGGGGCAACGCCAUGCUAUUGAUGGAGUAUGUCUCCGGCACUGAGCACGAUGUGGAUCUGGUGAUGUAUGAAGGGCGGAUGCUGGGGGCUUUUGUCUCUGACAACGGGCCCACCCGGGUGCCCAACUUCACUGAAACGGCAGCCUGCAUGCCCACCUGCCUGCCCCCUGACCGUGAGGCGCAGCUCAUCCGCGCUGCCUACCAGUGCUGCUUAGGCUGCGGCCUCACCGACGGCGUGUUCAACGUGGAGCUCAAGCUGACCGCGUCCGGCCCCAAGCUCAUCGAGAUCAACCCCCGCAUGGGUGGCUUCUACCUCCGCGAUUGGAUUCAGGAGAUCUACGGCGUAGACAUCAUGCUGGCCUCCGUCAUGGUUGCCUGCGGGGUGGUCCCGCUCCUGCCUGCUCGCUCGCGCCCCCGCACGCACCUGGUGGGAGUGAUGUGCUUGGUGUCGCAGCACCUGCAGGCCCUCAAGUCCACGGCCAGCCUGGAGACGCUCCAGGCCCUGCAUGAGCGUGGCGUCAUCCGCCUCAACCUGCUCGAUGACGAGCUCGUGUCCAGCGAGUAUGAGGAGCCCUACUGCAACGUGGCUUGUGCCAGCUCUAGCCGCCGCGAGGCCUGCCUCAAGCUGCUAGGCAUCUGCCAGGUGCUGGGCAUCGACUCCCCACACUACCCUGUGGCCCACUUCCUCUCACAUUUCAAAUAGCCUUGCCUGCCCCCGCUCCUAAAUUAGCCUUCCCUUGCUCCCAACUCACCACUGGGGUUUGCAUUAUUACACAUACACCCUAUUUCCUACAGUCUUUCUCAAGUGGCUGCUGUCUCCCUCAGGAAGGAGCGUGGCACCAUCUGGUGCCAUCUCUGGUAAGUGCCACACACACACCAUUCACACCCUUGAAUGGGUUCACAUCCUCCAUUUGCGGGGGGGUCCUAUUCAAUGCAGAGUCCCACCCUUCUUUGCCACCCUUCUUGAAGUCAUCUCUUCCUUUAUUUGCAGCUCUGCUUAAUUCCCUGACUAUAACCUUGGGUCCUACAUUGUUCCUCCCCACCACCAUACACAGAGGCAAGAUCUCGCCUCUUCACUUUCCCUUUCUUCUGCUGGGGGAAAAGUUGUUGGCUCAUAGCCAGGCAUCCCCUGGAGAGAUCCUACUUCAUACUUCCAAAAUCAGUGGAAAGAGGGCUGGGGUCAAAAAAACAAACUACAGUCCUCACCAGCCACAAUACUUCAGUGAUCCUGCAAAAGCAAAAUAGUGCAAUGCUGACUCUGAGCACUCUCCCCCCCCCCCAAAUAUCGAACCCCCAUAUGCAAACGUCAUCUACUUAUGGGAAAGUCCCACAAACUCCUCUGCCAACCUACUGUAACAAAAGGACCAUAUGCAAGCCUACAAUAACAGAUGUUUACAGAGCAGUAGAAUGUAAGACAUUAACAAGCUAGUUCCACUGACUCAGCACUUGCAACCCCCCGCAAUAACAUCCUAGCGCCGCGUGAUCCUUUUAGGAGCUAAUGAGCAUGCACAAUACUGUGCUCAUAAUAUGACCAUAGAAAUAACAAGAGGGCAAACAGUGAUGCGGUGGCAAUCUCUGACAUGCAUGCUUAGUGCUGGGAGAAGCUGCCAACCAAUUUUUCAGUGCUUGCAAGAGAAACUGCUGUAACAAUCUCCCUGCAGUGUCCCAAGAGAGACCCUACAGUAGGAUAUCGCUGUGACAGCGCUUCCAAGCACCCACCAGUAACCCAUUAGCAUAUGAGAAUCUCCAGUGAAAAACAGCACCAGCACUCCUGACUUACCUUAAAAUAAUCAGCCUUCCGGCGGAAGCCCCUUUCAAUGCCCCUGAAGACCCUACACUACUAAGAAACCAUAGUGCCAGCAUUCCUGAGUGUUUCUGCAAUAACAAGCCACGACCUUGCCACCACUCUGAAUUAUGAAGUAGUAAUGCUUUGUGCAUAGUCCUAGCAUCCCCAAAUAAGUGACGUUACCAAUAUAGUACCAGCAUCCUUAAAAUGCCUAUAACCAGCAUAAAGGAAAAAGAAGCAAAAGCAGUUUUGACUGGCAUGGUGGAAGAGCAUCUCUUGUCUGUUUAGCACCCUAGUGGAAAACUCUGGCCCUCCAGAAGCAGUUGGACUAUGACUUCUGUCAGCCCCAACCAGACACGGCCAAUGAUCAGAGAUGAUGGGAGCUGCAGUCCAACAGCAUCUAGAGGGUCCAUCAGCCUACCACACUUGUUUAAUAGCUCAUGGGUUUCCUGCAGCUUUUGAAAGAGCAGUUGCAGGAUGGAGCACCUGAAGGGCCUGGGAUGACAUUCCGGAGCCUGUGAGGCUUAAAAUGACAGGCAUAUUGAUCCCAUUGGGGGAGAGGGGAGGCAGGAACAGAGAGAUUCAGGGUGCCCAUGAUUGGGUGACUAACAGCAGGACCAUUAGUUAAGUGUGCCCUCCUAACAUAGGUUGGUGACCCUGCCUUCCUGCCUGCCUAUCCUUCCCAACACUUCUGUAACCAGGCAGGCAUAAUAGUUCCUCCCCCACAAUAAAAUGCCGUGUAAAAACA